CGUCCAUGGCGGAACGCUCUUUGCCAUAUCCCAUCCAGUGUAUCGCACACUCCGAAUCCGAUGCGCGAUGUAGUUUCAUUUCAGAGCCGAGCUACCACGAGAUGCUAGGGCCCAAAUCUAGCGAUCUCUUCCCCUGGAAUUUGGAGUUUUCAAUUUACUUUCAGGGUCUGACACGGCGAUCUUCGUCGCCCGUGGCGUUUCUCAGCGCUAGGUUAUACGUUCAACUCGCACUGCAGUGUCCCGAUCGUUUCAAUAUUUGACCUAUCGCCGUGACUUGGAGGCUAUCCGCAACACGCCUAACAACGCUUUACCAUCACCCGCAUUCGUAAAAAACUCCGUACCGGGUUAUCCUCUGACGCAAGGCUUGGGCCUUCGUACAGCAUGUAUAUAAAAGCCCCCCCGGCCAAAAAUCCUGUAGUCAUCUCACCUCCUCUCCUUGAUGUCUACUUACCUAUCUCACCUCACAGUCCUAGAACACAGUGCUUCUUCCUACCCAGACGCUCCGGUCUUUAGAGUGCCCCGAUCAGAUCUAUCAACUGGUCAGGUACAUGAUUGGUCGUCAAUAACUUACAGCCAGUUCAAGGAUGAUGUCGAGUUCACUGCUCGGUAUUGGCGUCACACACUCGAGUCUGACGGCGUACCAGAGCAUUCUGUCAUAGGUUUAUGGCUACCGGGAAUGGCAUACCAGGAUGUUCUCCAUAUCUAUGGCCUUUCGCGAGCCGGAUAUGUCCCUCAGCUCUUCAGCAUUCGUUUGCCAAAUCCUGACGUUGUACUUGAACUGCUCAAGAAGGCAGGCUCGAAAGCGUUGAUAUUAGAUUCCCAAUUCCAGUCAUCGACUGCAUCGUUCCCCCUUCCCGUCCAUCUCGCGGUCAAAAAGCGGGACAUGGCACCUUUCGAAUAUGACCUUCCUCCCAUACGAUCCACCAACCCUGACAAAGCGGUAUUUAUUUUCCACACAAGUGGCUCUACGUCAGGCAGCCCCAAACUCGUCCCUUGUAAUUCUGGCUGGCUCGAUGCGAUUGUGGCGAAGGCUAAGGUGACCAGCACUCCCAUAAGUCCGUGCAGGCAAGAUGUUUCCGUUUGGAUGGGCAGCAUGUGUCACAUUGCUCAAACAUUCAUGCUCAUUGGCGCUUUGCAACACGGGUCUUGCGUGAUUCAGCCGACAAAAAUUGGGUUUUCUUCAGAAGAAUUGAUCGAUAUGAUCCACCGCUGCCAGCUCAAUCGCCUGAAUCAGUUUUCCACAUUCCUUUCCAUUCACCUUCGCAACUCGCGGCAAAACCGCAAACUUCUUGGUUACCUUCAAAGUCUCGAUCAAAUCCUAAUCAGCGGGUUAUCAUUACCUCGGGAGGAUGAGGAGUGGGCACACAAAAAUGGAUUGAACAUGAAGAACCUCUUCGGCAGCACUGAAUGUGGUGCGAUGCUCCUAUCUAUAGGUGGCAAAGGCCGGGAUGCACCUCUUCUUCGUCCUAUACCGGGAACAUAUUACGGCUUUCUACCCAUUGAUGCCGACACUCAGAUUGAGUCAGGGCACAAGACGUCAGCCCAGAUGUUGGAGCUUGUUAUUCUUUCCAGCUCUGGCGACUGCCCGGACGCGUCUUUGCGCGGUAACGACGGUCACUUCCACACCGGUGAUUUAUUCCAAGAAAUUAUGCCUGGAUCAUAUGCAUUCCGUGGUCGCAACGAUGACUGGAUCAAGAGCGAAAAUAGCUUGCGGUGCGAUACAAAAGCGAUCGAAGAUAAUGUUCGAGUCACCUGCGGUGACCUCAUCGAAGAAUGCAUUGUCGUGGGAACCGGGCGUCCGUCACCCGCUCUUUUUGUUGAGCCUGCUCCUGGUGUUGACCACGGGAAGCUCAAGCGGGACAUCAUCCGCAAAACUCGCCAAUUUCACUCCCGGCGCUACCUCCAUGAGCAGAUCACGAACCCGAAUUUGAUUGUUGUAGUGCCUUCGGGAUCCCUUCCUCGCACUGCAACUAAGGGCAACAUUCGGCGUAAGGCUGUUGAGGAGGCAUACCAAGCCGAACUCGACAAGAUCUACGCCUCUCUGCAGUAAUGCAGUCCACCUAUAUCUUAUUUUAAUUGAAGUAAUCGUCUUGGACCCAACUUAUAUCUAUACCUUGUUUUAUUAACGCUACGCGCAACUAGCUAUGGAACUAACUCGCAAUCGACAACUGU